AAUUAUGUAUUCCUGCUACGCGGGUAACUUGACAGAAUUUUUUGACUUCACUGCCACCUCCCUUGUCUUGCUCUUCGUUUCUUCUGUCACAUAGUAUGCCUGUACAACUUUUUUUUUGUUAUGAAUGUGUAAAAUUGCAUUCAUUUUUGUUGUAUACCUCACUUUGUAGCAAGAUGCUUCUAACUUUUCCUUUAACGCUAUUUAUAAGUGUACCCGGUAAUAUGUAUAGGGGCCAUGGCACCUACAUGGAAGGAACGGCCUUGACUGCGUCUGUGGCUGGCGUGGUGGAGCAAGUGAACAAGCUGAUAUCUGUGCGGCCGGUGAAGGCGCGGUACAAUGGCGAGAUCGGCGACGUCGUGGUAGGGAGGAUCUCGGAAGUCCAACAGAAGAGGUGGAAGGUGGACACCAACUCCCGAUUGGACUCCGUCCUGCUCCUUUCUUCUGUCAAUCUGCCUGGCGGAGAACUGCGCAGAAGAUCUGCUGAAGAUGAACAAAUGAUGAGGAACUACCUGCAGGAAGGAGAUCUAAUCAGUGCAGAAGUUCAAAAAAUCUUUGACGAUGGUUCGCUAUCCCUCUACACACGCAGUUUGAAGUACGGCAAGCUAUCACAGGGCGUGCUGGUAAAAGUGUUCCCGUCGCUGGUGAAGCGACGUAAGAACCACUUCUACAACUUCCCGUGCGGCAUAAGCAUCAUCCUGGGCAACAACGGCUUCAUCUGGAUCUACCCGACCAGCUCGGAGGGCGACGACGCGGGGGGAGGCUACACCCAGAACCUGGAUGAGGUUGUGCCACUCGUUGAGAGAGCAUCGAUCGCCAGGUUACGCAACUGCAUUCUGGCCCUGGCCCAUUACAAGUUGAUGCUUCACGACUCCAGCAUCCAGUAUGCUUACGAGGAGUCCCAGAAGUAUUCGGAACACGAGCUGCUGUAUCCAGAACCAAUGUUCGACCUGGCGUUGCUCACCCAGGCCCGGCUCUACCAGAUGGAGACGGACGAAUAGCAAACCAGCUUUUAGCUCCUAUCUCGUCUCUCGCUGUGCUGCUGCUAGUGUGUUUCCCGCUAACUUUGUAAUUUUUAUAAUAUUUUUGUCCUUCAAAAAUAAAUAUAUAUAUAUAUAUAGUA